UCCCCAAUCCACAUCGAACUAAUUGAUGCCCACGUUCUCGCAAUCAUAUUUACAACGCCGCUAGAACAAAACAUAGCUUUAGCUACGAGAAAGCUGCUGCCUGGUGGCUGUGGUCUGGGUGUCACAAGUGCCAGACAUCCCCCACAUACGUUAUACAGAAUCGACAUGACAUCUGAACAUGGCGACAUACCUCGAUAUCUCCGUUACGAAGAUGGAGGUGGAGAUUUGGACAAUGGUUGGGACUAUGAGCUCGAAAGAGCUAACCAGAUACUGCACAAUCAGAUCAUCAGAAUGCAUCGAGAUAAGCUUUGCAAAGGCUGUGCUCGCUUUGACUGGUUGAGAACACACUUCUACACACGCGAUGUCCGUUGUAUGGAUGAGGAAGACAAAAGGGCGGGCCAAAAGAUCGACAACGGAUAUCAGCGAUUAUCCGAAUUUGAUUUUCGUCACCGCGAUUUUGAAAACGUCUAUGAUGACGUGAUCUGGCCUCUAUUUGAAGUUGUAGCAGGGGCACGCCGAGAGACAAAGUGGUCAGCGAAGAAUUUUAGGUUCCGCUGGCGACUUCGAAAGGACCAAAUCCACCAAUGUCAGCUCUGUAACAUAUUGUGCGAUAAGGCAGAAGCAGCAUGGGACGUUUCAACGUUUGACUACCCUAACAACUCGGCAUACAAUAGCGAUACGGCAUUUCUCGACAUUCUGCUCAAGGGCGGUCCAGUGUUCGAAGACGGUGUGAAACAUCAAUGUAUUUUCGCUUGGCCAGAGCAUAAGAAUGAUGCAAGGUGUGCAACUAACGGUAUCAAGGUUUACCUAUAUCUGUACGAACGUCCAUAUCGAGGGAUCACAACUUCAUGUUGCAUCCGCCCUUUCAUCGAAGAGAUGCUCCACCAACUCAACAAUCUACCACAUUGCUGCUUAAAUAAGAGCCGAGUAGGCACAAAUGUCAAUUUCGAUCUUGUGAUAGGAUGGCUAAAGUUGUGUAAUGAAACGCAUGAACAUAUCAUAAGCCCCAUCCACUCCAUAUCAGCGCACAAAGACCUUCGGUUCAUCGAUACCAAACGUCGAUGUGUCAUAGAGCAAGACCAGCGCGUACGCUAUGCAGCACUCAGCUAUACUUGGGGCCAGGAAGAACAAUACUGUCUGAAACGAGAGAAUGUAGAAAUCCUGAAAGAACCCGGCUCACUGGAUCGUAACAAUAUAACUAUCAGACAAGUAAUUAUUGAUGCGAUCGAGGUGUGUGUGAAGGCAGACAUCCCAUAUCUGUGGGUAGAUGCACUCUGCAUCGUCCAGGACGAUGAACAGGGCAAGAUGUUUCAGAUCCAGAAUAUGGACUCUGUCUACUCCAACGCCUACAUAACCAUCGUUCAGGCAGCAUAGAAACAAACGAAACUCGACCAAAGCCC